GAAACGUCAACGAGCCAGUGAACAUUAAGCGGAGCAGACCAAAAUCCCAAACAAGGAAAUGGUGGGGGAAUAAAACGACCAGAUUAUUUAAUUAAUGCAUGUAAUAAUUAAUAUUUUAUUUUAUUGUAAUUUAAGACGUAUUUAUGGGUUAAAAUGGAUUACGACUUCAAAACAAAGCUGGCAGCCGAGAGGGAGAGAGUAGAAGAUCUGUUCGAAUAUGAAGGUUGCAAAGUGGGUCGAGGCACCUACGGGCACGUUUAUAAAGCUAAGCGCAAAGACGGGAAAGAUGAGAAGGAAUAUGCACUGAAACAAAUUGAAGGCACUGGAAUAUCUAUGUCAGCCUGCAGAGAAAUUGCUCUGUUACGAGAACUGAAGCACCCAAAUGUGAUCGCCCUUCAGAAAGUGUUCCUGUCCCACAGCGACAGGAAGGUGUGGCUCCUCUUCGACUAUGCUGAACAUGAUCUGUGGCACAUCAUUAAGUUCCACCGUGCCUCCAAAGCCAACAAGAAGCCCAUGCAGCUUCCCAGAGGGAUGGUGAAGUCUCUCCUGUAUCAGAUUCUGGAUGGGAUCCAUUACCUCCAUGCCAACUGGGUGCUCCACAGGGAUCUGAAACCAGCCAACAUCCUGGUGAUGGGAGAAGGUCCUGAACGAGGAAGAGUUAAAAUCGCUGACAUGGGGUUUGCCAGACUCUUCAACUCUCCCCUGAAGCCACUGGCAGACCUCGACCCUGUGGUGGUGACAUUCUGGUACCGGGCUCCUGAGUUGCUCCUUGGGGCCCGGCACUACACCAAAGCUAUUGACAUUUGGGCAAUUGGCUGCAUCUUUGCGGAGCUUCUAACGUCGGAGCCCAUCUUCCACUGUCGCCAGGAGGACAUCAAGACCAGUAAUCCUUUCCACCAUGACCAGCUGGACAGGAUAUUCAGCGUGAUGGGUUUCCCUGCAGAUAAAGACUGGGAAGACAUCAGAAAGAUGCCAGAGUACCCCACACUGCAGAAGGACUUCAGGAGGACGACGUAUGCAAACAGCAGCUUAAUCAAGUACAUGGAGAAGCAUAAAGUGAAGCCCGACAGCAAGGUUUUCCUCCUGCUCCAAAAACUCCUCACCAUGGACCCCACCAAAAGAAUCACAUCAGAGCAGGCGCUGCAGGACCCCUACUUCCUGGAGGAGCCAUUACCCACCACAGAUGUGUUUGCUGGGUGUCAGAUCCCCUACCCGAAGCGAGAGUUUCUUAAUGAAGACGAACCUGAGGAAAAAACAGACAAGAACCAGACCCAGCAGCACCAGCAGACGACGGGCCAGACCCAGGCCCAGACCCAGCAGCAGGUGGCAGCUCAGCAGGCCCCCUCCCAGCAGAGCUCGGCUCAAACCAACGGCACCGGCGGGACCACGGGGGCCGCCGCUGGAGGCGGCAUGCAGCACGGCCAGGAUCAGGGCCCGCCCAACAAGAAACCUCGUAUCGGGCCUUCUGGGGCCUCCUCAGGCACAGGAGUGCUACAGUCAGAGUAUCAGCACUCCAGCUCUCGGCUCGGUUACCAAAGCAACGUCCAAGGGUCCACUCAGUCUCAGAGUACCAUGGGAUACUCCUCAUCAUCCCAGCAGAGCUCCCAGUACUCCCACCAGACGCACCGAUACUGAGAGUCCUAGAGCUGCCACCCCACCCCCGCUUCUGGAACCAGCAGAGGACACAACUCCUCACCUUUAACCAACACCCAGCAGCCUUCCUUGUCUUGGUUGGACUCGUAUUCCUAGAUGACAUUCCAACUUGGCCUUCCUCAGUUCGAAGCUGUUCUCACCUGUCAUCUUGUCUGAAACAUGAAGGCGAACACAAACAGGAACCAAAAAAAGUGAGGUUCUGACCUGCGGGGCUGUUGAAGCAGCUCUAAAGAAACCUAAAACGAAAUGCAAAAAGGGAUGUGAAGGCAUCAAGCAGACUGAGAAUCAUGGCACUUAUAAAUGCAACCUUCCUCAGCAGGAAGCAUUGCAGCUCUGUUCAUAUAUGUAUAUUGUACAGCACCUUUUGCUAUUAGACUUUUUGUUCUCUUGCUCAUUUCCUAGACGUUUCAAGUUUACCUGGAUAGUUGAUGUCACUCUAAUUUUUUUUUACACGUGUGAGCAACGGGAUGCAACACAACAUAGGAGGAAAAGACCUUCGCUCUCAUCUGUGUUGUAUAAUCAGAAGGAACGGAGCAAACGGAGUUAACCCUGUCCUUUUAAACGCCACAAUGACCCAGAGGCUCCUGUCUCCACGCAGGAGAAAAAUCAGCUUCUGAGCUGACGCCAGUGCAGGGAAAUAUUAAAGCGCAGUUUAUUGGAAGCGUUGUAAUAUAGACGUUGUAUAUUUAGAUCCAUUCAUCUCAAUCUGGAUUUGGAAAGCGAGAAAAGCGGUCGUCUUUAUAUAGUGCUACCUUCUGGAUCUGCCGAUCUGUCCAGCGCUUUUGGAGGUGAGCGGUGUGUUCCCUGUGAAGAUGACAGCGGUUUCAUGAGGCCGGACACAUCCUGUUUGUGCCCGUGGAAACUUCGCUCUGAUGCCCAUCUUAUCACGGACCAUCAGAACUUUGAAGGUCUUUUUUUUAAUUUGUAUUCUAAACGUAAAUGUAACGUGCGCAUUACAGGGCAGCUAAAAUGACCCUGCCUUCCCCCGACGUGUGCUUCAUGAGCCUGUUACUGCCUGAUGUCAGAUUAUGUUGUUGUUUUUUAAGCUUUUUAUUAUUAUUUCUAUUACCGUUAGGCUACAGUGUGUGAGAGUGCGAGUAUGACUUUUUAUCUGCAUGUUUUUAAACCUUUAAACGUACCAGAAUUGCACUGAGCGCUGAACUUAUCUACAAAGAACUGGAAGGAACCAUGGGUGAGUGUUCGUCACCUGAACUUUUGCCUUCUUCUCCUCGGCCUAAUUUGCCAAAAUAUGACAGAAGAUUGUUGUCGUUUGGCCACAUUUAUAGAUAUAGGGUGCAUUCUUUAUCAUUGUUAGUAUUAUGUUCAAUCUUUUCAACUCUGAAGUCUACCUGCACUUAUCAUCACUAUGAAUGCCAUAUGAAUUUUUGAGCCAUUCCUUUUUUAAGGGUGGUUUGACGACUUCAAUGAAUUUUAAAACAUAAAUAUGAUGUACAAGUUUGGCUGUAUUGGGGAUUUUCUGUAAUAUAAAAAGGCCCAAUAUUUUACAUAAAUAUGUACAUACAUUCCCACUAGUGUUUAGAUUAAGUAUCUCUUUUUAGCAAAUUGCAAAGAAACCAGCAACAAGCUUCUUGCAUCGCUCUGACUGGAUAGUUGUUCUCUCUUCUUAUUAGAAUGUGUUGCCUGGUUUCCAAGCACAGACCUGACCUUUAAACGUUAUCCAUACAUUUACCGCAGGUUUGCAGUUGGGGCUCGUCCAGAAACCUGAUGAGUGCAGUUUUGAUGUGUGAUUCGAUACGUUGUCCAUUCUGGAACAUCUAAAUGUGUUCCAGAUUCAACCAUCUAGCUGUUGAGUUGAAAUGACAUUGACGAAUUAAUGGGCAGCCCCUCUCUUUGCUGUUUUUUUGCACUUUGUGUAGUACAUCGGUACCACGAGCAGUGGUACAGAACAUCUUCACUGCAUCCACCAUGCUUGACAGCUGGUGUGGUGCCAGUAAGUUUAUCAGGCUCGACCUCUCUGAGCAUUUCUCCUCGCUUUGGUUGAAUCCCUUAAUCUUUGUCUCAUCUGACCAUAAAACAUUUCAGAAAUUCAUUUCAUUUGUGCUUAUGAGCAACUACAAAUAUCCAUAAAGCAUAAAGGUACAGAAACAAGCACUUCUUCCCGUCUCAGUUCUUGUUGAUGUUAAACCAGACCGGGACACUGGAGUAGUUGUCAUUUCUGGUUUAUGACAGGUAAAUCAUCCCAAAACACACAUCAGAGAAUGAUUAAAGCAAGGCAGGCUUUGCUUUUGGAAUGGCCCUUUCCUCAAUCUUGUUGAAAUGCUUUCUCAAAGUACAGCCAGUGAUAGAAAACUGCAGAGAAAUCACAAUGAGAGGUUUAAAAUAUUGGUUAUUUCCUAAGAGACAUUCUUACAAAUUUUAGUUGGGGUGUAUGUAUAUAUUUGAGCCAGGAUGCAUCAUUAUGACGGGGUGUGAAUUUGAGGAAAUGUCGGAUAAAUUCAAAGCAGUGCAUCUAAUUCUUGUUUUUAAGAUUCAUUGAAGCGGUCUGUUGUAUCGUCACACAGUGCAGAGGCUUGG